AUGGCUGAAAUGAGUGAUAGCAACUUAGAUAAAACAACCAUUAUUCAGCAAGCAAUAGCCUCUUGUUGUGCAGUCAUAAUUGCAUCAUUAUUUGCUCUUGAUGUUACCAAAAAUCGACUGCAAGGCCCAAACAAUCCAUUCUCCAAAGGUAAAUGUUGUGUAAACUCCCAUGGCUUUGUGGAUCAUAUAUGUGGUUGUGAGAAUGGGGAGAGCAAACCCUGGUGUAAUAAACCUGGGCAUUUCAAAGGGACGUUGGAUGCGUUUGUGAAAAUUAUUCAAAUAGAGGGAAUUAAAUCACUGUGGAGUGGGCUUCCUCCAACAUUAAUAAUGGCACUUCCUACUACAGUAGUCUAUUUGGCCUUCUGUGACCAACGGAGUGAAGCCCUGAAAUCUAGACUAGGAAAGGAUGAUGAACACAUUGUCACUUUAGCAAUGUGCUGGUGUCAUUAUGAAUGUUUCAGGAAGAUGAUGUGUAAGGAAGCCCAUGAACCAACAUUUCUUAUUGCUUUUACUUCAGCAGCAGCAUCUGGCUCUAUUUUGUUUCUACUGUCAUAACUGCCAUGUGAUGUAGUGAAAACACACAAGCAGGCUGAACUUUGGGAGGGUGAGACCUUAAAAAUUCCACAGAGGGACCGUGCAUCAACCUGGGCAGUUAUGAGGAAAAUUGUUGCUAAAAACGGGAUUACUUUAUUAUUUGCUGGUAUUAUUCUGCGGCUGGUUAAAGUUGCUCCUGCCAUAAUGAUCAGCACUUACGAAUGCAGAAAGUCUAUCUUUUCUCAUUUAAACAAAAAAUGA